CUCGUAAGAGGUACGGGCCACUCGGGCAGUGGUGAGUCGCCUCACUAUAGCCCUCGCGAUGGCAUGUAUAGGAUCGAGUAGGCUUUGUGCUCGUGUGGAGAGACUGUGCCAGUUCGGACAUUUCGCCCAAUUACGGAGGAAAGUUUCGACUACGACAUGUGUGAAAUCGCGGCCGGUGAUCCCCGCGCGGACGGACGGCGCGCUCCUCCAGCACUGCCAGAACAAAACGAACACGCGGGACAGCAGGAUAGGUCUCGCGAGGGCAACGAGCACUAUGCAAACGCAGAUGCCUGGAUCUUUGCCCGAUUACCAAAUCGAUCCUUAUAGACUCGUAGAAGAUGAUCUUAAGGAUAUAUUCGACGAUAUACAAGUGGAACUUAUCAACAGCACCGCGGAAAAAAAGCUGCAACCUAUAAGCACAUACUAUUUCGAUGGCCAGGGGAAAGCGGUGCGGCCCAUGUUCACCGUACUCAUGGCACGAGCUAUUAAUUAUCACAAUGGGAGGAAUGUUCUCUUGCACUCGCAGCGACAAAUAGCGAUGAUCGCUGAGAUGAUCCAUAGUGCUUCUUUAUUGCACGACGAUGUGAUCGACCAGUCAGACUUCCGUCGUGGCAAGCCAUCAGUUAAUGUCGUUUGGAGUCAAAAGGAGGUGGCUAUGGCAGGAAAUUACAUCUUGUCAGUCGCCUGCAUAAUGCUCUCCAAAAUCAAGAAUAAUGAUGUGACCAUUACCGUCAGUCAGGUUGUCGCUGAUUUGGUGCAAGGCGAAUUCAUGCAGCUUGGUUCCAAAGAAACAGAAAACGAGAGGUUCGCACAUUAUCUCACGAAGACAUAUCGAAAAACAGCGAGCUUAAUUGCCAAUUGCUUGAAAGCGGUCGCCAUUCUUUCCCAAGUCGAUGACCACACGAUAGAGAUGGCCUUCCAAUAUGGCAGGAACGUUGGCUUGGCUUUCCAAUUGGUGGACGAUCUUCUGGAUUUUGUGGCUUCUUCAACAGCCAUGGGCAAGCCUACGGCCGCCGAUCUUAGACUCGGUCUAGCCACAGCCCCGGUGCUCUUUGCUUGCGAACGGUAUCCAGAAUUGAAUGCAAUGAUUAUGCGCCGUUUCCAAGAACCCGGAGACGUUGAGAAAGCUUUCGAAUUGGUGCACAAGUCCAAUGGUCUCGAGCAGACAAGAUUCUUGGCGAAGAAACACUGCGUGGAGGCCAACAAGAUCGCGCAGUCCUUGACUAAGAGUCCCUAUCAGAAGGCUCUGAUCCUUAUGGCGGAUCUGGUCAUCAACCGCAUGAAAUAGCAUCGCGAAGAACGAAGAUUCAAAGGGCGAAUGAUCGAUUUUAUAAAUAUUUAUGAGUUAUUCCGGACGGGAACGGCUGGUAUAAUUCUUUUGAAUUCAGCUAUAAAUCGAAUGCAGGGGUUACAAUCGAAGAAAGUGCUUUUUCGUGUUCAAUAUUAUACCACUAGCCAGAAUUAUAUAUUGUUAUAAAUAAUUUAAUAUAUUUGAGAAUUUUUUUUAUAAAAAUGUUUAAUUAAAUAAGAAAAUUAAUUUUAAUUCAUUAUAAUUCGUGGUGAUGUAAUAUUGAUACGCGAUUGAUGGCGUAUAGCGUGAAUGCGUAUCACGUCGCAUUACCGACCCUGAGUUCAUACCUCAUCCGAACGAAAAAAACGAAGAAGACACACUCCGUAUUCGUUAAAGUGCUUCUAUCUUUUUCAGAGGACUUUAACGAUAUGCGGGUUCAAGUUGUCUGGAAAAAAUGCAAAAAUUUUGCAUUUUACAACAAAAGUGCCUAGGCAUUACGUUUACUUGACCUGUGUGUAUGAGGAAAAGAUCACGUAUUACCUGAUUUUAUAAAUUGUUAGCCGAUCAUGUAAAUAAAGUAAUCUAGCAUUAGUAACAAUGUAUUAGCAUUGAUAAUUCUUUCCUGUUAUGUCUCUUUUGUGCAUGCAUCACGCGACUCAUGAUACAAUUGUAUUGCUUGUCGGUUCUCCAAAAUGAAAAUAACGCACAAAGCCAAAUUAUCCUACCUUGAAAACGAUUAUUGUACUUAACGGCAAUUAUUGUAUCACGAUACGCCAGAGAAAUUGCUUGCGUCAAAGGAGCCUUAAUGAGAAUUUAUUGUAGCAUGGCAAAAACAAACUGAAAAUUGAAAAAACAUACAUAUGUAAGUGACGUCAGACGUACAGAAUUAACGUUACAGUAAGAUAUCUUCGGUCUAUUACGGCCGAUUAAAUAAUGUACAAUCAAUACAUAUUUUUGAUAAAGUGAAGCGUAACUUCUAUCGCAGAGUGAAAUUGUAAAAAUAAAUAAGAAUGCCAAUACUAAUUUUUAUCGACAGUCCAAUUUAAAGUUUUGCUAAAAGCGGCGCGAAGAAUGCCAAUGUUUGCCAAAGAAGACCACACAAGUCGGUCUUUCUUCCCUUCUCUCCGCCAAGCGGUUUAGCAAAAGUUAACUUUGGCCUGUCAUGUAAUUAAUAAGGAUUUAUCUGCCUCUUUAAGUUUUAGAAUUGUCAUCGAAAUUCACGGUGCGCAGAAAAAUAAGUUUCUUCUUUAUUUAGAUAUGUUGUCCAGUAAGAAUCACUUUUGCCACAUUUUGCUUAAUAGGUGAACUGCUCAAAAUAUCAAUAUUUAUACUGGAUAUGUAAGUAUAAAUAUCUAGUGUACAAUAAUUUAUAUUUAUGACGAGAAUGUAUAUAAUUGUUUAAAAUGUUACGCAAUACAAUAGAACAUUAACUAAGGAGCAAUCAUGUAAUUAUGAUCAAAUGUAGACUUAUAAUAGGCUAAGUGUAUGAUGCAAAGAAAGAGACCGCAACCGGGACUGCCGAUCUCCUCCAUAACGUUUUGCAAUAUUUAUUUAAAUCUCAUGAGAAAUGCGUUCUUUUACUCAAAAAUAUGUUUUACAUUCAGAGGGACACAAGAAUGUUUUACAAUAAUAACGAAAAAGCUAUAUGUCAAAGCAUACACCGACGAAUGCAACUUAAACAUAAAAUUUAAGUGAUAUGUAUUCCACGUAAAUUUUAAUAUUCUAACUGUUAAACAUAUAUAUUUAUCUGGUUAUUCUCUCACAUGUUCAAAAAUUGAAGUACAUUUGUAAUAGUUAGAAAAUCAAUUUAAUUAAAAGUUCAGCUUUAUCUUCAGUAGAACGUUUACUGCACAAUGCAAAAAUUCCAAAGAAAGCAGAUUCGAAUGUCUUUGAAGCGCGUGUCUACGACGUCCUUUCAAAUUGUCUCGGUGUCUAUAUGUAUAAGUUAGUUCAGACAAAAAUAGUGACGUAAGUUCAAGCAAAUUCGAAAAAAUGCUAAUUUACAACACUAUAUUUACCUGACGGAAAUUACAUUACAAAAUCUCUACCAUUUUGUAAACAAGUGCCUCAUAUAUCAAUUGAAUGGAAUUGUCGUCGAUUUGAUUUGGAAGAUAUUCUAACUUAUUUGUUUAAUUUUCUGUCAUUCUCUUGAAUCUAUGUUUAUGAGUUAAUAAAUUUCCUCAUAGAUUUCAACAGUGUUUACAGGGGCUUGAAAAAUUAUUAUUAAACGACGAACAAAUAGCUAUAUUAUUUGAAUCCGUAUUGAAAAAAUAAAGUGUACUACUAAGCUCUUUAGAUUUUCAAAUAUACAUUCAUAGCUGGAACAUGGUACAAUAUUAUUCUCACAUUAUAAUUAUUAUACUGUUGGUUGAUUAACUACUUUAUCGUAAAACCUUAAGCUAAAUAUAAGUUCAAUUAUUGUGUUGGGGAUCAUUAAAUUCGACUAUAUAAGUUUUUUAAAUAUAAUAUAUAAAAUUAUAAAAUAUAUCUUUUUGAACAUGUAUA